AUGUAGGAUUAUCAGCAAGGUUAAAAUAGUGAUUAUUAGUAGUAAAUCAUGUACAACAACAUGACUAGCAACAAGCCAAAUAAUAGACUUAAUGAUGAAAUAAAUCAAAAUCAUCAAAAGUUAGACCACAAAGGACCUCCUAAAGAUUUAAAAAUAAUUGAUGUUGUUGGCAACGGCACUUUUGGAGUCGUUUAUAAGGCUUUGUUAAACAAAGAAUAAGUUGUUGCUGUGAAAAGAGUAUUUUAGGAUAAGAGAUACAAAAAUAGAGAAAGGGAAAUAAUAGAAAGGCUUGAUCAUCAAAAUAUUAUUAAAUGUAAGGAUUUCUUUGAAACCAAAGGAGAAAAGAAAGAUGAGGUCUAUUUAAAUUUAGUUAUGGAGUUUAUGAACUUCCCUUUGUCAAAGGUGAUUAGAGAUAAAAGAAAAGCAAAUUAAGUGAUGAGAAUAGAAGAUAUUAGAUUGUAUGCUUAUUAAAUGUUCAAAGCUCUUUCAUAUCUUUAGUCUUUAAAUAUUUGUCAUCGUGAUAUAAAGCCAUAAAAUAUCCUUGUUAACGAUAAAGACGAUGACAAAAGACUCAAAAUCUGUGAUUUUGGCUCAGCAAAGUAAUUGAUUCCAAAUGAAGCAAAUAUUUCCUACAUAUGUUCUCGUUAUUAUAGAGCUCCCGAACUCAUAUUUAAAUCUCAGCAUUAUACAAAUGCAAUUGAUAUGUGGUCAAUGGGUUGUGUAAUAGCUGAAAUGGUUUUAGGCGAACCUCUCUUCCCUGGAGAAAACUCUUUAGAUUAGUUGGUUGAAAUAAUUAGAAUUUUAGGUACACCUACUAGACAAUAGAUCCUCAUGAUGAAUCCUACUUCCCAAGAGUUCAGAUUUCCUCAAAUAAAAUCUUAUUCAUGGUCGAAAGUAUUUGAGAAGUCUUUAUAGAAAGUAUCAGAAGACGAAAAGUAAAAGUUUAAUUAAUUGAUGGAUUUAAUUUCUAGAGUGCUAGUUUAUGCUCCCUCUGAAAGACCUUCUCCUUUAUAAGCAUUAGCACAUCCAUUCUUCGAUGAAUUAAGAAUUGAAGAAAAGAAAUAUAGAUAAACAUAACUUUAUUUAUUUGACUUCCCUGAAGCUAAAGAAUAAGAAUAUUAAAAAUAAAUUGAGUAACUUAAAUUGAUUCCAAAUGGAUAUUCUAAGAAGUCUUAUUCUUGA